CAAACACCAAGAAUCUCUGACCGGUAAGUCCAAACAACUGUAUACUACUAUCGGCCUUGGGGGGCUUGGCCUUGAAGAUCAGCUACCACGCUCUGUUUUCCUUCCUCUCUGACGUCUUUUCUCCCUCCAUCAUAUUGGUAUUUGUCCCUGUCGCUCAUUAUCACGAGUAGCGAGGUUCAAUAGACUGCUAACAGUUUCGUCCGUUACGUACGCUUACUGAUUCUCAGUACUCUCGUCAAGAUGGCCGAUGCCAAGGAUACCCAACCCGAGGGUAUCGAGGAGCCGAAGCACAGCCCUCGGCGCGCCACCUCGGUCAAGAUGCUCUGGGGACAAGCCAGGAAAUCGCUCCCAGCUCUCCGCCGAGGUUCAAAGACGCUCGAGGGCGGGCCGUCCGGGGAGUUCGGCCCCAAGAUGGCCCUAGAACACAUAGAGAAGGACGGCGGCUCUAACAAGUCCUCCGAGGACAAUCCCAAGCUCGCAGCCAAGUUCUACGCCGUUCCCGCUCAGGCCGCAGCCGACUCGCGACCCGCCACGCCAACAAGCGGCCGGAUUAAGCCCGCCGACAAGUACAGCGCUAUGGUGGGAAAGGGAAUCGAGAAGGGCAAGGGCCUGGCCCGGCGCCUGACGCUGAGCCCCAAGCCGAAGCAGAAGGACCCCCUUCACCAGUGGAUGGUGGACCACUCCGGCGGCACCAUCCGGGACAAAUAGGCCUAGGCGCCUGGCGACAACCCUGAAAGCGGCUGCCCUCCCUUUCCCCCUAAACUUAGCAACUGGAGGCGCGAUGUUAUAAAGUUCGGCUAGUCAAGGCCGGCGUGACUUUAUGAGCCGGUGCGGCGAUGACAAGCGCCGUUUUCGUAUUGGCAUAUGUGCUGGUUCCAUAGGAGAGGGAAUACAGAUUGCGCCAAACCUCGGGGUGCUGGGCCCGUCGAAAGUCACCAUGCGAGAUCAUUAGCCUUGAUAGAAAAUAGAACACUCUGAGAGAUGCGUUCCGUGGCAUAGGAUCCAUUGGAACAGACUCGUAUUAAGGACGUGGACGUGUGUAGGUUUGAAGACAGCCGAGCAUAGAUAUAUAAAAAGGAGAUGUGGAUCCACUCACGGCGAUUACUAUUGGGUGAUUAUGUGACCGAAUCGGUGAUCCAGGGUCGGAAAUGCUUUCACUUUGGUUAACACAAUAGGGGAAAGUCAACGUCUGUGAACUUGACAUGGUCCGAUGAAAGGGGUCGGCGGGAAUGCGUGGCGUUAUACCAGAAAGCUGGUUCGAGCGAGGUUCGGAGGGGACUUGGUUUACGAAGGGGGUUAGCUCCCGGGGUGUUUACGUAUGUGGAAGAGCCACUCUAUCGUAAGACAUAACUGCCU